AUGACAAUUUUACAUAGUCCUAACAAAGGUGACCUCAUUGGUCGAUCAUCGUUUGGUACUGACGUGAAGCAGCCCAGUGACACUGAAUGUCUAAACCACUUUAUGGAGGCAAGCAGUCCCGAUCCGACGGGUAUUAAAGGUGGAGCUUUGCGUGAAGGUAGUGCGCCCAAUCUCAUGCAAAAGGAAAGUAUUGGUCUACUUAUUCAGUAUGCUGCUGUUGGACUCAACUACGGUGUGUUGCCAGCCACGAUCUAUCCAUUUCUCCAGAACUAUCUCAAUGCAUCGGGUACUCAAGUAACAACAGCACAAACACUGGUAUUUUUACCAUGGAGUUUCAAGUGUUUCUACGGUAUCUUGUCCGACUGCGUGCCGCUAUGGGGAUAUCGUCGUCGACCAUAUAUGGUGAUUGGAUGGAGUAUUUGUCUUACCAUGCUAAUCAUGAUGGCCUGUAUGCCAGCGGGAGACCCGUACUACACAGUGUCAUCGGACCGCAAAAUCAAGCCGGCCGAUUAUACACCUGAGAUUCGAGCGCGCAUUAAUGCUGACGCGUCUUCACAGGCUGGCAAGUACGUUAUGCUCAUGUUCUUUGCUGCCGUGGGCUACAUAUUGUCGGACGUCUGUGCAGAUAGUAUCGUGGUGGACUUUGCACAACGCGAGCCACUUGAGUCGCGUGGCAAGACUCAAUCGGCCAUAUACGCCGUGCGCACAGUCUUCGUCAUCAUCGGCCAGCUCAUCACUGGCUUCUGCUUUAACGGUGAAGAGUAUGGCGGUGACUUUGGCUUUUCAAUCACUUUUCCACAGCUCAUGACAAUUCUUGCCGUUCUAACGGCGCCGGUUAUUCCAAUAACUUGGCUUUUAAUUAAGGAAGAGAAGCAACCGCGCAUAAAUUUCAGGGUCUAUAUGAAGGAGCUGUGGGAAUUGAUUCAAAAACGCGUGGUGUAUCAAGUCAUCUUCUUCUACUUUUUUCAAGGUAUGUUCUCAUCUAUUUCGUACACGGCCAGCUCCCCUGUGCAGUCGUAUAUGGUGGGUGUCACUCCGAUCAACAGCACAAUAAGUGAGGUCCUUGGCAACGUGCUGUUCAUGGCCGGUAUUAUGGCUACGUCCAGGUGGGGUCUGCAGUGGAACUGGCGCUGGAUAAUCUUGGUUACUGGUAUCUGUGUCAGCGUUGUUGAUGGCAUUACCACCUUUAUCACGAUCUGGGAUGUGUUCCGUAGCCAAUGGUUUUGGCUCGGUCUGCCAAUUGCAGUGCAGCUUCCGUACGGAGUUAGCUUUGUAAUCUCUAGCUUUGUGAUCGUCGAGCUUUCGGGUGUUGGUAACGAAGGAGUCGUUUAUGGUCUGAUCACCAUGGUGUCUAACUUGUCCAGCCCCUUUGCCACAGCCAUGACUGUGGUGAUUGACCAGCCCUUUAGCCUGACCACAGAGCGCAUCCAAGCCGACGAUAAGUCAAUCCGUAUGGACAUCACAUACGCCGUAGUUAUUAUGUACGCUAUGACGGCUUUCUCCUGGGUCUUUCUAGUGUUCCUGCCUCGCCAAAAGGAAGAGACACAGGAGCUCUUACGUACUGGUGGCAGCAGCAAGGUUCUGGGUGCAAUCACUGUGGCAUACCUUACCUUCGCGUUUGUCUGGUCUCUCAUGGUCAAUAUCAUGGCUAUAUUCGAUAGCACGUCAUGUUUAGUGAUUGCUGGUGGCAAAGGCUGCUAA